GCAAAAGGCCCGCCGCAGGGUGAUGGCGUUGGCGCAACAGCCGGUGCGAAGGACACGCCGGCCGGCAAACGUCGCAAGCUCUUCUACUUCGAAGAGGUGAACGGCGAGCUGAAAGCCAGGAUCUUCGCGCCGCCGGCCUCUCCGGCCAUGGGCGAAGCGGCCAGCGAGGCAGAGAAGAAGCGGAAGGAGGAUCUGACGCACAUUGACAGCAAGGUGUUGCUGUUGGAAUGCCUUUGCGGCAACUUGUGUUGGGGCAAGUGA